CUUAUGUAUAACGAUAAUAUAAACAAAAGUGUAUGCCAUAAAAAAAUCAAUUGUUGGGGAAUUUGUUAGAUCGGCUAUCAAUACAUUUAUUAACAUCUAUUUAAUAUAAAAGUAUAACGGAUAUCGAUAAUUAAAAAGAACCGAAACAAACAAUUUUUAAAAAACAAACUUAGCGAUGGAGAGAGUUGAAGCGUCGACAUGCGAGAAUCCAAAAUUCCCAAACUGGAUGUGGCGAUACAACCGCAACAAACGUCUGGCGAGAUUCGAACCUUGGUUCACCAGAUCCGAAAGAUGGCCGCCACAGUACCGCAACAUGGGUCUGCACGACGACUUCCGGUUCCACCCCGUGGGGCCAAACGAAGAGUCGAGACCUUUCGUUUAUUUGGCUGCGAACUACGCUCACGACUUGGUCAACGAGCGUGAAACCGGAUACGGGAACGGCGCGCUGGGUUUCACCCCCGGCCCGGCACCGCCCAGGUUAGUCCUGUACGAUGUCCAGAACCCCUACCCCCGGGAUGAGCUGUACAAGGUCAACGAGAUCCACGACAUCUCCCCCGGGAUGUCUCUGCUGGACAACACCAACCUGCCCAAACCUGAGUCCGACCACACCACCACGCCACUCAACCCCAGACAAUACCUUGAGAGGACCCUGGGACAGUCCAUGGAGUACCCGGGCACGUUCCCCCACUUCAACGCCCCCUCUAUGGCCAUGUCGGGCCGCAUGUGCAACACGAAGAAGUGCGGCUACCUCGACCCCCUGGAGCACUGGACGGCUGGGUACAAGAAGAGGGAAAUUGCCAUCGCCAUCCAAAACGCUAUAGAAACCAAAACUCGCCUGCCGCCGAUUGUACUGAAUGCUUGUGAGUUCGAAAACAACCCAGCACCUGCGUGUGAAAGCAUGAAGCCAACCUACAACAUCACGGGCGCACGGCAAUGCGUCAUGGCUGCCAGGAAAAUUUACUAAACUGUAGGUGAACUUUAGGAAACAGCUUGUACUGCCAAAACGGCAAUGUUGGACGUUUAAAAAUAGCCUGCACUGAAAAAAUAAUUUGUCUUCGAAAAUUUGUCUUCAAUUUUUUUUAAAUUUAAUUUAAUUACAUUUUUAAUUUAUUGAAUUUAGAUUGCUAAUAAAUGUCAAAACAUGUUAAACAUUUUUAAAAAUGAGCCUCGUAAGUUGACGUUAAUUCAUCCAAAUUAAAACCAUUUUGAUACAUCUUUUUAUAUCUUAAGUAUACAACACGGUAAAAACCUCUAGAAAACUUCUUUUAAAAUUAUAAGAUGAACUAUGUAUUUCGCACAGAAAACCAUUUUUAAUAUCUUAAUAUAGGUUUCUUAA